GUGCUUGAACUACUCUGCGGUUGAUUGAUAUUUUAAAUUAUCAGAUUUAUUAUUCGUUAAAUAGUGAGUGAGUUUCAGCUUUGAUUUUUGAACAUUUAUCGGCGCGUCAGUUAGCAAACAGAUUAAUUAAACAUUCUGUUUUAACGAGGAUAUUGAUUUUGAAUACAAUUUUCUAUGUUGGAAGUUAGAGUAUAAUGUCAGAUUACAACGAAAAAUCUGAUGAAUGGGAAGACGGAAAAUUUGUUUUCCAAUUCGUUCAAAAUUUGGCACCGGGUACAUACGUACCUCGUAACAAAUUCUAUCAUCAGAUUCCAGUGACAGCAAGAAACAGAAGAGUUUUGUCUAAGGAUGGGGAAUCUAAUUUCUCAAAGCCAUUGUUACAUUGCCGGAAGGGAUUUUCCUACUCUUUCAUGACUAUAGUCGAAGCCAAAUGGAGAUGGACCUUAUUCUACUUAUUUCUGGCCUUCUGCGCAGAUUGGUUAUUUUUUGGUAUAAUUUACUGGUUCAUCGCACUUGUCCAUGGAGACUUAUCUGAGGAUCAUCUGCCUCAAUACCAAAACGCAACCGGUUGGGUGCCUUGUAUCAAAAAUGUCUACGGGUUUACGUCUACAUUUCUCUUUAGUAUUGAGGUUCACACAACCGUUGCGUACAGUCAAAGGGCGAUUACCCCCAACUGCCCAGUAACCAUACUAGCUAUGUGUCUUCAAUGUAUAGUCAGUUCUAUCUUUCAAGCUUUCAUGAUCGGGAUAUUGUUUGCAAAAAUAACACGACCCAACGCUAGGGUUGAUACUAUAUUAUUCAGCAAACGGGCCGUUAUUUCUCUUAGAGACGAGAAAUUGUGUUUAAUUUUAAGGGUUGGCAAUGUGCGGAAAUUUAAGAUACAAAAUGUUAAAGCUACAGUUAUUCUAUUGAAGUUUAUUAAUAAGAACAAUAACAUGUAUUUUGUAGAGCAAAAGGAAUUAGGUGUUACAAUGGAUGGAUAUGAAUCGACAUUUUCUUUGUGGCCAAUAUCUGUUGUUCAUAUUAUCGAUGAAAAAAGUCCACUUUACGACAUAUCAGCUGCGGAUUUACUAUGUGGACAUUUCGAAAUUUUGGCUAUAUUCGAAGGUAUUAAUGGAAUCACCGGUCAAGCAGUCCAAGCAAGAACUAGCUACACAGAAAACGAUUUGCUUUGGGGUCAUCGUUUCGUUCCCAUGAUAAACGAUAUAAACAAGAUAGCAUAUGAUUUAUCUAAACUCAGCGCAACGCAUGAAGUAGAUACCCCACUGUGCUCGGCUAAUGAAUAUGAUGUUUUAAUGACGUUAGUUGACUUUGAAGACAAAAUAUCUGAUAAGAAAUAGUCGAAAUUAAUUCUCUUGAUGAAAUAUAUCUGUUUAUAUCCGUGUACAAAUAUUUGAACGUUUUGGAAGCAUCAAAGAGGAUUUCAUUAAAUAGUUUUCAGUAUACAAACAAUACUGUCGGUAGUUCUCUAAUUUCGUACUCUGUUUUAUUGUUUUCUUUGUUUCGUAAAGCCAUUUUAUGUUUUAUAUUAGUUUAUACUCGAUUAAUUUGAUUUUUUUUUUAACAUUUCAAACAUAAUAACGUUAGCAUGAGAGACGAUAAUUGAUGAGCCAUAGAUGAAGCAUGAUGAUGUAUGUGCCUUUGAGACAUGAAGUCAAAUUUUUUUUCCUACGUAUCCUAGUAAUCUCGAGGGGUUAUCUUAGAUUCAGCCAGCGAGUAGGUGAGCUCACGGGGCUUUCAUCUGAGGACGUUGCUAACAAUAGUCCUAACAAGAGCAGUGCUUCGCGGAAUCUACCACCGGAUCGGAAAAGCGACUGACCGUGAAGAUACGAUGAGAAAUCCAGCAGGCUGUGUCUGUGGUUUAAUUUGCUCGCCGAACCGUUCGUCGCUAGCCACGGGUUCGACAAGAAGGGUGUCCGGUGCUUGAGGUACCUAAAAGCAUCGUGAGUGGAUCGGGAGAAUUCGAAAUGACAUGUUUAGGGCGACGUCGACUAUUUACCAUUCGUUCCACAGGAUCGGGUAUGUAGUUACCGGCGGCCACGAUGAGAAAGUUUUCGUAUCAUGUGGCUUUCUCGAAAUGGCGCACUGAUGCCGACUGUAAAUACUUACUGAUGGACUCGAGGUCCAUGUCGUCGUGGAGAUCCACGUUUCUUACGUACCAUGGUGUGAAGUCAAAAUGAGUAUCCAUUAUUAAACGGCCGUCUGGUGUAGUGGUAAGUGAGAUGGUCACUACACAAGAGGGUUGCGGGUUCGAAUCCCGCCAAGGGAAGAUAUUUGUAUGAUAAAUAUAAAUGUCUUUUCCAGGGUUAUGAAUGUAUAUUAAAUAUAUGUAUGUGUAUAAUAAAAAUCUUACAUUUCGGUUAUCUGGUACCUGUAACACAAGUUCUUUACGAACUUAUCACGGGACCAGUUAACGUGGCGUGAUUGUUAGUAAAUAUUUAUUUAUUAUUUAUUUAAAGCCGCAAUAGGCCGUAACUGUCACGUACCAAAAGUUUUAGCAAAUAAAAGACGAUGAGUGACGAGAUAGCCUACCAUUACUACCAACUAAUUUCCCGAAGAAAUAGUAUUCACAAUCUACACGUUUUCUAACUUCAGUCUCGAAUACAUUUUAACUCUGGUUUGUCGAUUUGAAGCUCCAACUUGAACAAAACUGACAUGACGUGAGGCUGGUACUGGGAAGUUUGUUUUACGCCAGUUUAUGGAAUUGGGACAAAAAGAUCAAGUGCACAGGAAAGCUUAAUAAAAAAGUCUAAAAGUUUACGCAUUAACACAAAAUAAAAAAAAGAUGUGUGGUGUUGUGGGACACCGGAUAGGAACGAAGUUCCUUAUUAUAAAAAUAAUAAUUUUAAGUUCUAUUCGAGGUAUAAAGACAAUAAUUAUUCGGGUAUACAUUUUUUAUUAUGAUUUUUUUUUGUAAAAAAAUAAAAUAAAUACUACUUUACAAAGUUA